AUGCCAGAUCGGAAGUGUGAUCAUAAUGAUGCACAAACUGGGCAGAGUAUUGCAGUUCCCGACGUUCCACCCCAGACUGCCCAAAUAGACGCAGGCGGACCCUCGGACAUCGAACCCUUCGCGAGGUCGGACGCUACAAUGGUGGCAGCGGUGGGAUCCGAACCCGCAGCCAAGAACCAGUACAACGAAUCCUAUUCCCUCUUCUUUCAAACCCUACGAUGGGAGUAAGGACUUUUCGUGCUGGCUGCGCCGACUUAAGUUCCACCUGGACGACGUGCCACAAAACGAACGUAGCCGUACGGUCCUUCAACACCUUGCCGACGACCAACUGGACAAAGCACUCGACGCCGGCCUCACUCGCCACACCCCCUUCCAAGUGCUGUGCGACCAGUUGCAGAGGCUGUUCCAACCUCCCUUGACCAUAGAGGAGGCUAUCGACCAGUUGCUGAAACGCUCCUUAAGGAGCGAUGAGACUCCUCGGCAGUUCGCCGACGCCUUACUGCAGCUGACACGCGAUGCCUAUCCCUCUCUCUCUGCGGCCGAUAGAGACCAAGUGGUCCUUUUCCACUUCAAACGCGGUCUCGGGUCUCCAGAAGUGACGUAUUCCCUGAGGAUCCAGCCACCGGGCGACCUCAAUGAAGCAAUUCAGCGAGCAUCCCGCAUGCUGACAACCGACUCCCCAUCAGAGGCUAAUCACGCCCGGACUGAACCGUGGAAACACAACCCAGACCGCAGGCAGCAGAGCAGCACCUGGACCAGACCACACUACCCGCCGUCACAACGCUUCAACCGCGGCAGCCGACCCCCUAUGUUCCGCACGCCCCAUCGACCCCCACCGACCAACACCGAGCCAAGACAAUUCCGGGGGAAUCGAGACAGUACAGCGGCGGCGAUUACUAAGGAAGGUAACCAUAUAAUUCCCGUCUGCUUUGAUUAUACGUCACAUAAUUUGCCGUUUUACACGACAGUCUACCUAGACAACAAACCCGUCAAGGCACUAGUCGACACAGGGGCCACCACAUCGUUAGUUCGGGAAGAGGUAUUAGACGCUAAGUGGCUUAACCUCGCCAGACAAAGCGGCCACUCACCUCACCUCAAAACCGCAGACGGGUCACCCAUGACCACGUUAGGGUCGGUUCGACUGCCCAUCUCAUUCCCGGCCAGCGUUAAGGAACAAACUUUCGUCGUCACUCACAAGAUGUCGUGGGACAUGAUACUCGGGCUAGAUUUCCUCUCUGCACAUAAUUGCUGUAUCAUGGUCAAAGAUCGCAUACUUUCCUUAGGACAUAGGUCAGCGUCUAACAACCCGCCAGGCACCGAGUUCGACGAGGAAGCCACCUGCGCGGCCAUCGCACCAUCAGUUGCCUUACCACCCACAAGCGUAGACACGGUCCUACCCCCAGACGAUACAGUCACCCUCACAGACAAGGAAGAAUUAAGGUCACUCCUGACUGCGUUUAGCGAUGUUUUCGCAUGGGACGAUACCUCCUUAGGUCGCACAGCUGUCAUCCGUCACACCAUUGACACAGGAACGUCGAAGCCGCUGUGGCAACCACCACGCCGUAUCCCACCACACUUUCAGAAGGAGGUGAACGACCUAAUUCAAACGAUGCUGACCACAGGGAUAAUUCGCCCCUCCAGAUCGCCAUGGGCAUCGCCAGUGACAUUAGUGCCAAAAAAAGACGGCAGACUCCGAUUUUGUAUAGACUAUCGGCGACUUAAUGCGGUCACCACCCGCGAUUCUUUUCCACUGCCAAGAAUUGAUGUCACACUUGAAGCGCUGGCCGGAGCCCAAUGGUUCUCAACGUUGGACCUUAAGUCCGGUUACUGGCAAGUGGAAGUGGAACCUAGCGACCGCCCCAAAACAGCGUUCAUAUUACCACAAGGGCUCUUUGAAUUCGAAACCAUGCCGUUCGGGCUAUGCAACGCCGCCGCAACUUUUCAGCGACUGAUGCAGUCCGUGCUGGCCCACUUAUACCCUCACAGCUGUUUGAUAUACCUCGACGACGUGAUCGUGUUUGGACGCACGGCCCGGCAACAUAACACUAACCUCGCCGCGGUACUCUCUGCUCUCCGAGAUGCCGGCUUGCGUUUAAACCCACAGAAGUGCAAGUUUCUGUGCCAGAAAGUUACCUUUCUUGGUCACGAAGUCAGCCCGCAUGGCAUACAGGCGUCACAGGAAAAAGUAGAGGCAGUCAGAUCAUGGCCUACGCCGAAGACCCCAACAGAAGUCAGAGGCUUUAUCGGCCUAGCCUCCUACUAUCGCCGCUUCAUCCUGCACUUUGCGGAGCUCGCACGCCCACUCCAUCGGCUGACCGAAAAGGGUCGGCCAUUCUCGUGGACCGACGAUUGCCAACAGGCCUUCGAUGAGUUAAAAGCAAAACUCACAUCGGCACCGAUAUUAAUGCUGCCUGACACGAGUCCGGAGGCCCCGCCCUUCAUUCUCGACAGCGACGCCAGCGGGUUCGCGAUCGGGGGCGUACUCUCACAAGCCGACGAGACAGGGACCGAACGACCGAUUUGCUUUGCGAGCAAAACCCUGUCGAAACCCGAGCGAAACUACUGCACCUACCGACGAGAGUUGUUAGCGCUGAUUACGUUCAUCAAACAAUUCAAGCCAUUCUUAGUGGGCAAACAUUUCAUUGUCCGCACCGACCAUAAGGCCUUGCAGUGGUUACAAAAUAUGAAAGAAGCUGAGGGCCAGCUCGCGAGAUGGCAAGAAUUACUACAGGAGUUCGAUUUCACGUGUCAGUAUCGACCAGGUCACCAACACGCCAAUGCAGACGCCCUUUCUCGCCGCCCAAGUGAGGCCGGCACCGCAGACCCAGAAGGACCAGCCGAACAUAUAGCGGCGGUUACAAUCAGCGAACCCACUCGUUACCAUUGGGCAGUUGCACAAAGUACCGACCCGGACUCGGCAAUCGUUUAUGACCACCAGCUGCAUGGUCGACACAGACCAACAGAGGCCGAACUCCGCGGCUCCUCAGAGAUCGCCCGCCUCUUGUGCCACCAAUGGGCCAACCUGUUCGUAGAGAAUGAACUGCUUUUCUUUAAAGACGCCGCAUCCACCCAUCCGCGGCUAGUCGUCCCGGGUAGCCUCGUCAUACCAGUCCUCACAGACUUGCACCACGAGUUGGGACAUGACGGAGUGACCAAAACGGAAGCGGCCGCUAGACAGCGUUUCUGGUGGCCCCGCCUCAGAGAGCAGGUCGCCAAUUUCUGUAACGCGUGCGCCACCUGUGCCUCUUUCAAGGGCACCAUCCCACGACAUCGUGCACCCCUACAGCCUAUGAUUACAGGCUUUCCAUUCGAGCGAGUAGGCGUAGACAUAGUCGGCCCGUUGCCUUACACAACAUCCGGCCAUCGGUAUAUCUUAGUGUUGGUGGAUUAUUUUACAAAGUGGGCUGAAGCCAUCCCCUUGCAGCGACAAGACGCGGCCUCGGUCACCAACGCGCUACUCAAGGAGUGGGUCUGUCGAUACGGCGCACCCUUUUCACUUCACUCCGAUUGCGGAGCUAACUUCGAAAGCCACCUUCUACGCGAGGUCUGUGACCUUCUCCUCAUCCACAAGACUCGCACUACACCAGCCCACCCAGAGGGCAACGGCCAGGUGGAGCGCACAAACCGCACCAUCAUCAACAUCCUGAAGGCGUUCGCGGAGGAACACCACCCACACGAUUGGGACGUGAAGCUACCCUUCGCCAUGAUGGCCUAUAGAGCUGCCGUUCAUUCUUCCACGGGCCAUGCCCCAUUCCACAUGUUGACUGGCCGCCAAUUCCGGCUACCAACAGACUCGAACGUCCCCACACAGCAACCGGCGGCCUAUACGACCGACGACUAUGUGAUAGGGCUACAGGAACUGCUCAGACUCACGCACAACUUGGCACGCACACAGCUCCGCAACGCCUACGACAGGCAAAAGAAUUAUUUCGACCGACAGGCACAUGGGCUGCCCUACCACAUCGGCGACCUAGUGCUCCGCUAUCGGGCGGUUCCGCCUGUGGGCACUCCAGCCAAAUUCUUCCACCCUUGGGAAGGGCCGUUCGUGGUCGCUGACGUCAUUUCGCCCACCACUUACAUUAUUCGCGACGCCCUCACCCACGCCGGCCCCGCUUUCACCGUACACUUUGAUAAGUUGAAACCGUACCACGGCAGUCUGCCCGUUGCGUCCCAUGAUACCCUACCCAUCGUUCCCCCCCAUUUAGUCCCCUUGCCUAACAACGAAGUGGAAAUUCCCCCUGACCCACACCCCCCACCAGGCCCCGCGGACGGGGCACUGCCUAGAGGGGGGGCAGUUGUAGCAGGCGGACAGAAACGAUUGUUUGAAUAG